AUGAAUAGUCUCGCCGACGCCGCAGCUCAAGCUUCCGCAGCGGCGGCCGAGGCUGCAGCGGCUGCACGGCUCUCGGCACCCGCUUCCUCAUCCAUCGAAGCUUUCGACCGAUCCGCUUCCUCUCAACCCUCCUAUCCCAGGUCGGAGGGCUCUCACUCCACCAAAGAAGCUGGUUUGCCAGCCUCUCCCCCCUCUGAUGCAGGCUCCCAAGGAGACAUGACCAAAACCAGCGCCGACACUCCCCUUCGUCGUGCUCUCCUUGACUCGGAAAAGCCCGAGAAGCGUGGCUCCAAUCUUGCCUGCUUGAAGUGCCGCGCCAUCAAGGUCAAAUGCUCUCGUGCCAACGUCGACGACGAGCGCUGCAAACGUUGCAAUCGUCUCGAUCUCGACUGCGAGUUCAAGGAGCAUCAUCGAGGCAGGAAACCCAAAAAGAGACCACGGAGCGAAGCCGACAGCACAGGAGGCGACGAGGAGGACCAGCUGGAGGACGACGAAGCCGCUUCCCUGUCGGGUAAGGCUCUUACCGCUUCUCCGGUUCGUGCUAAGGUACGAGAGCUCUCCCGUUCCCCUCCGACCGCUGGUCCAACUAGCACCAACCACCAGGAGCAACAUCAGGCGUACUCCAAGACGGAACACAAUCGCUUCGAGGCCAACGAGCCCGCACCAAAACUGCCCAGCCCGAAAGGAUCGGUGCACGGAAGAUGGUUCGGUCCUUACCUUCAGCCUAUCCCUUCCUUCCAGGACUCCCUCUUCCCUCGCAAAGCUGACUCGCGCUCUCAGCACCAGUCCAACGAUCAAGCUCAACAUGCUCAACCGUAUCAGCACCGUUCCUUCCACCCAGAUCGUAGCCGCGAGCUGCCACCACUGACCAUGCCGUCCUUGUCGUCGUCGUCUUCGCAUCGCAACAGUCUGAAUACCAUCGACCAAGGCUCUCGUCCCUCACUGUGGGACUCUGCACAGGGCAGCUCGCAUCGUGUGCAUCCUAGCACCGCGACUCUGUCAAUGGCCUCCGACUUGCGCGACGACCCCGUGCGUCAGCAUGUUAUCAGCAUGGACCAGGCUCACGAGCUCUUCGACUACUUCUUCGCAGAACUCAAUCCUCCUCUCGCGCUCCUUGACGCCUCUCUGCAUACCAUCGACCACUGUCGUCAGAACGCCCCGAUUUUGUUCUCAACCAUCCUCUCGGUAGCUUCGCGCUUCUUCCUGCCGCAGCAUCAUCGACAGUGUCACCGUAUCGCCAAGUCAAUCCUCAACCUUGCGGCCGCAGAAGAGAUCUGCUCCAUGGAUCAUAUCCAGUCUCUGAUCCUCGUCAUCACAUGGAAGGAUGCCGGAGACCGCACGAUCGUGCGCAAAGCUUUCCGUGCGAUCGGGUAUGCCUACGAGCUGGGCCUUCACGCGACUUUCGAGUACGACGGGGCGGCUGAAGUCUCGGGAGGCAGUAGGGCCAACGAGAAAAGGUCCGACACUUUCUCGCUCCGCUCGCGCAAACGACUGGAGCGGGAUCGUCAACGCACCUGGAUCGUCCUCUGCCUCGUCCACGAACUGGUUCGUCGAGACGAUCGCAAUACCAAGCCCCGUCCACGCACCAUCCCACUCGACGACUAUCCAGACCCGUACCUCUGGAUCAAGCAAGCAGGUGAUGUGCUUCUGCCCAUCGACUCGAGACUCUGCUGGUCGCUCGACAUGUCCAUCUCCACCAUUGAGAACGAGCCUUUCCUCGACCUCAUCAAUCGAUCCGAAGAUGCGACUGCUUUCGGCGGCUUCUUCGAUCGUUAUCGAGGUCGGCUCGAUAUGCUCAGGAAGCGCUACUUUGAUGUACGAGACGGCGUCUUCCAUCCCAAGUUUCCUAUGGACGAGUCAGCGGUCGCCGAGCUGCCCUACCUCGACGCUUUCCGUGACUUUUACAUCUGCCAAUCGACAUGGCACUGGGCAGCGAAAGUAGCAUCGCAGCGUCGUGCGAAGCGGAGCGAAUUGGCGGAGCAGCAGGACAAUGCUCGAUCGGCAUUCUGGUUUGCGCAGACGGUGGACGCAGCGAUGCGAGGUAUGCGCCUCUUUGCGUACAACGUGUGCAAGCCUGGCUACGUGCGCGUGGGUCACGACUAUCUCGUCAUCACGGCCAGCGAGAUGAUCAAGUGGUUCUAUCUGUACCGCGACCACCUCGACGCGUCGACCGUGACCGUCGGUGUCGAGUAUCUGCGUGCUACCCUGCGCGAGUGCUCUCAGCCACAGCGACUUCCCUCAGGCGAGAUUGUGGACACGGAACGAGAAGCACCCGGCUAUCUGGUGCGCUUCCUCGGCGCCAUCUUUGACGCCGGCCUCAAUCGAAGCUUUGAGAAGGCACAGAGCCGCUUGACGGCCAAUGUGGAGCUUUCCGAGUCCAAGGUUGACCACCAUUGGAGUGAUGCCGGUCGGAACCGGGCGCAUUCGGUCGCCGCAGCAGAGGGGCGCGGCGAGGCUGAGCAGGGUGGUAGCAGUGGCAUCAGUGGGUCAGCUACACGUCGACCACCUUGGGGAAGCGCUCACACUUCUUACCAGCUGCAGACAGGAACCGCAGAAGCGGCAGAUCGCUCGUCUCGGCGCGACGGCGCAGGUCCUCGGAAAGUACCCGGAGGCAGCCCGCCGUUCCGAGACAUAGCUUCUGCAACAGCUCGCUACUCGACGGCGCCGUCUUUGCCUCGAGGUCGAUCCGAGCUCGGUUCGAGCCGUAUGGCGGCAUCUUCCCCUGCUGGAGGCGUCACAUCAUACGAGCGCGGAGGUGGCGUCAACCCCGACAAGUCACAAGCUUCGCCAGCCACCUUCGGUGCUCAGCAAGACGUUGCCAUGGGCGCGCCCUACAACGCGAACAACUCGGUGGCGCCUCACCCUGCGUACCUGGCUUCCCCUGGAGGUGCCUCUGGGACAGGCAACAUGCAUCAAGGGCUCGGCUCUGGCUUUGCCGUUCAGAACGCAAGCUCGCCGUGGUCCUCUGCUAGCACAGUGACACCUUCGUGGAGCAACAACAAUCUCAACAGUGGCAGCAUGUUGGCGUCAAGCAACGGCGGCGGGUUUGUCGACCUAGCCGCGGCUGCUACGGGAACUGACUUCAACGCUGCGAUCGGUGGCCUUCCUGGUGCGUUCGCCAGCUCUGCUGCCACGAGUCAACCCAAGAUGGGUGUCAACAAUGCUGCCACCAACGUCGUACCUUUGGCAGCCGACAUUGGCAAGAACUCGAUCGAGGGAUUGGCAGCUUGCCUCAACACGCGCGAUCUGACGUACUGGCAGGAUAUCCUCGGAUUUGAUCUGGCCACGCCGGCUGUCUAG